AUGAGCUCGUUGGAAGACGAUGUCGUUGAAAUAGAUGCGUCCUUCUCAUACGAAUUUGCACAAUCGACAAAUCGUUGUGAACUUUGCAUUAUGUUCGGAAUGUAUACAGAAGUUCAGGUUAAAAUUCCCCUUAAUUUGCAUUCUUCUUCUGAUAAAUCAGAGUGUUUUCACGGAGCAAAUAAUGUAUCGCAUCAUGUGAAUCAAUCGUUGAUUAUGAUGACGUCGACUCCCGUAUAUUCUGGCUUCCCAUUAACCACUUACUCAUACUACAAUCCUUAUGAUCAUUAUUUGCCAAUAGAUGAAACGAACACAACAUCUCCAACGGAUGAU